AUGUUACCAAGCAGUGAACCAUCCAAAAAUCCAUCAGCUCCUCCAUCAGAGUCUCCGUCAUUGAUGCCCAGCUCAAGUCCGUCACUAUCGCCAUCACAGUCUCCUACAGCAAUGCCAUCACCGUCGCCAACUGUGUAUGGCACUGGUCCAAUUGUGAAUGUGGCAACCAAUGAGUGCAUCACUGUGGCAACAGCCACAAACUCUGAAAGGAUCUACUUAGCUCCUUGUGAUGGUUCUAUCAAUCAGAGGUGGCUCUAUGAUACCAGCACUAAAGCAAUCAAGCCAGUGUCAGAUGGAGGUAUUUGUUUUGACCAUGAUAUCGACAGCGCGAACAUUGAUGUUACGAUAUACAACUGCCAUGGUCUUGACAACCAACAAUGGUUUUCCAAUGAUCGCAAUGAGCUCAAGUGGUUUACAGACACCGAAAGGAAUAGUAUCCUACAGGAAAAGUGCAUGGAUUAUGAUGGCAGCAACUUCAUGGUCAUGCUUGACUGUGAUGGAAGUAACAACCAAUAG